CAUGCGCCUUCGCUCUUAUCGGCCGCCAUUUUGUGUGAGGCCCUCUACUCCAAAGCGGGAGAAAACUAUCAGGCCUGCGCACGGCUUAUUCGCACGUCCACGGUGGAUUGAAGCGAGCGACCGCACUCGACAGGCACUCUGCUUAAUAUAAGCAUAAAACAAGCACUCUGCGAGUGUUGACUGGCCCGUUACCAUGGAGGGCGACGUCGUUUCCAUGGAGACUGCCCUGGUUCCUGAAGGUGGGGUUCUGCCAGAAGCAGGAGAUGCUGUCAUCCAAGGGUCAGCGGGAGCCCCACAAGCGGUGGAGGUUCCUGGCAACAUGGAGAUGAUGGUGAUGGACGCCCUAGAUCCGGCCCUGCUGCAAAUGAAGACUGAGGUGUUGGAGGGAGGAGGCACGGUGACUGUAACUGGUGGAGACGAGGGUCAGAUCAUCACCCUUCAGGUUGUAAAUAUGGAGGAACAGGCCGGUGCUGCUUUAGGACUUGGACAGCUUCAACUUGUGCAGGUUCCAGUUACUUCGGCUACAGUGGAUGGCCUCCAGGCAACCUAUGUGGAUGGUUCAGCUAAUAAGGAUGCAGAGCCAGUUAUCUGUCACACCCUGCCCUUGCCUGAAGGCUUCCAGGUGGUGAAAGUGGGGGCCAAUGGUGAAGUGGAGACUGUAGAGCAAGAGGAGCUUCAGGCAGUCCACGAUGAGCUUCAAGGGACGAGGGAAGAGGAGGAACAGGAGGAUGGUGACAUGGCUGAUCAGGAACCUCCCGAGUCUCAACAGGGAUGGCAGAAGGACCCUGACUAUCAGCCUGUUACAACUGUCCGCAAAGGAAAGAAGGGGAAAAAGAGCCGCCUGCGCUACGCUGAUGGUGAUAGAGACAUGGACGUUUCCGUGUAUGACUUUGAGGAAGAGCAACAGGAGGGGCUGCUGUCAGAGGUCAACGCAGAGAAGGUUGUCGGAAACAUGAAGCCUCCCAAGCCCACAAAGAUCAAGAAAAAGGGUGUAAAGAAGACCUUCCAGUGUGAACUGUGUAGCUACACUUGUCCACGACGCUCCAACCUGGACCGACACAUGAAGAGCCACACGGAUGAAAGGCCGCACAAAUGUCACUUGUGCGGAAGGGCCUUCAGAACAGUCACACUGCUGAGAAACCACCUCAACACUCACACAGGCACCCGACCACACAAAUGCACAGACUGUGACAUGGCCUUCGUGACCAGUGGCGAGUUGGUGCGCCAUCGUCGCUACAAGCACACACACGAGAAGCCUUUCAAGUGCUCCAUGUGCGACUAUUGCAGUGUGGAGGUGAGUAAGUUGAAGAGGCACAUUCGCUCUCACACUGGAGAGCGGCCCUUCCAGUGCAGUCUAUGCAGCUACGCUAGCAGGGACACAUACAAGCUGAAAAGACACAUGAGGACACACUCAGGCGAGAAGCCUUACGAGUGCUAUAUCUGCCACGCUCGUUUCACCCAGAGCGGCACCAUGAAGAUGCACAUUCUGCAGAAACACACGGAAAAUGUGGCCAAGUUCCAUUGUCCACAUUGUGACACCGUUAUCGCACGCAAGAGCGACCUCGGCGUUCACUUGCGAAAGCAGCAUUCAUUUAUCGAGAAGGGAAAGAAAUGUCGUUACUGUGAUGCUGUAUUUCACGAGCGAUAUGCUCUCAUCCAGCACCAGAAGACUCACAAGAAUGAGAAACGUUUCAAGUGCGACCAGUGUGACUACUGCUGCAAACAGGAACGGCACAUGAUCAUGCACAAGCGUACACACACUGGGGAGAAGCCAUUUGCCUGUAGUCAGUGUGAGAAAACGUUCAGACAAAAGCAGCUUCUGGACAUGCACUUCAAACGCUACCACGACCCCAACUUUGUGCCCACCGCCUUCGUCUGUAGCAAGUGUAGCAAGACAUUCACCCGCAGGAAUACCAUGCUGCGCCACAGUGAGAACUGCAUUGGUGAAGUUGCUGGAGACCAAAACGGAACGCCACCCAAAAAGAGUCGCCGGGGCAGGAAGAGGAAGAUGCAGGACAGGCAUGAUGAUGAUGAUGAGGAGGACACGGAAGCUGAACUGGAUGAAAUGGAAGAUGAGGAGGAUUUGUUAGAUGAUAUCGAACUGGAACAGGCUCCACCAGUGGUUCCCAUUGCAGCCCCUGAAGAACCACCAGUCAAGAGGAAGCGUGGGCGCCCCCCAAAGAACAGGCCUAACGUCGCCGCCAUCAUCCGCGUAGAGGACGAGGCUACCGGAGAGGUGGAUGACAUCAUUGUGAAAAAGGAGGUGGGUGCCGAACAAGACGACCUGGAAGAGGAGGGGGCCACACAGGAAGUGGUUGUCGGCGAAGGAGACUCCACUAUUCAGCUGGAGGAGCUGUCGCAGGAACAGGAGAUGCAGCUGUCAGAGGCCCCACCUAACGGAGACCUCACCCCCGAGAUGAUCCUGAGCAUGAUGGACCGGUGAUGGAUGCAAGGGUCGACCCUGUAAAACAAACACACACACACACACACAGACCCCUGUUCACAACAUCUAAUUCUUGGCAUUUAGGAUUACACUUUACGCAUCCUACAUAGACAAAAUGUUACUGUUGUAAUUUAAAGCUUGCUUUUUACUCUUGCAUUGAAAUGGACGUGUGAUAAAGACUUUUAAUACGGAUUUAUUUACCCCUCCACACCCAACCCAAAUUUUUUUUUCCAAAUUUCUGUCUUGGGCUGGCUGUAAUUGACCACGGUAUCUUUAGCCUUCUCAUUGUUGUCCUUGGUGUUUAGUACAUUUGUAGACAAUAGGUACAUCAUAAUUAUAAAUCUACUCUGGCAACACUAUCAAGAUUACUCUUUCCUCUAAAUCCAGACGUGCAUGCAACUAUCCAAAGGAUUAAGGUGGAUAGUCAUCAUCUUUUGACACACCCAAACCCAAUUUUUAUCUUCUUUUUUGUUUUACUUUUUUUAUUUUUUAACUUUUUACAUACUCUAUUGUUGGUAAGGAUCAAUUGCAUCAUUAUGUGAACAUUGUAAGUAGUUAAAUCACCCCGGUUAUGGAUCGUUCUGCACUUUUUCAAUCCAUGUUCAAUGUUCUUGCUGAAGAGCCUCUCUCAGUUGGGAAGACUUUUCAAUCAGCUUUUCAGUUUCACUUCUUAAGCCUGCCGCAAGCCUCUGGAGAUAAAAAUGUAAUUACUGUCCAGAGACCAGAAGAUGUUAUUGCUGUUAAUUACAGCAACCAAAAAAAAUAUUUGGAAUAUUUUUUAUUGUAUUUUUUUGUUUAUUUGCUGUGGUUAGUACAACUCUUAUUUUAACACCUAUUCUAGUUUAUCAAAGCUUCUAGACUGCUUACUUUGUAUCUCCUCUUGCUACUUUAACACCCCUAGAAGAUGCAUAAUGUACAAAACAUCAUUUCUGUGCAAAAAUCUUUUUGUUGUUUUUUUUUUGUUUGUUAUUUUUUUUUGCUCCCGUGUAGCCAUUCCACUCUGGGUUCAUGAUUUCUUUUUGUACAAAUUGCCAUACAUUCUGGGCAGUGUGACGUUUAAAAUGACUGGCAGUUCAGAAAGAUGUAUGAUGGUACAGCCAAUAAAAAGACAUGGACUCAUAUUUUAGCUUCCUGCAGUUGUAUCUCAGCAUAGUAAGAGUGAGUUAAAUGGGAAGCGAGCGCAUUCUCGGUACAUUGGAAAUGCAAUGCUUAUGAUUAUCGACGUUGGUUGAGCGCUAAGCACAAACACUUGUGUAUUUUGCUUGCAAAUAUAUUUUAUUAAAUGGAGGACUUCAUACUGAAAA